GGGCGGGGCUGCCCAGAGAGCUCUGGUCUGCGGCACCUCCAGCUCCUUUCUUGCACCACCCCUGCAAUCUGGCAGAGCUCGCUGCCUCUGAAGAACACUGGGAUGGCAGGAGCAGCCCCUCCCAGGACUGGCCCGAGUGUCCCCAGCCCCACUAGUUUUGCCCUUUGAAAUGAAGUGGCAAAUCUGCCUUCAAAUCAUCUGGGACCUUGCUUAAAUGCCCACUGGGCCUCAGGCAGUCUCAGGGAUGCAGAUUCUGCAUUUCUAACAAGCUCCUGGUUUCGAUUGAUGAUGCUUUGGCCCAAGGACCACUCUGAGUCAUCCAGAGGACUUUGGUCUCAGGCUGACUCUGUCCCUGCACUGCCACUGUCCAGCUGCUGAUACUGAGCCUUGCUCAGCCUUAGUCUCCACAUCUGUAAGAUGGGCUGCUCAUUGGUAGCUGAUGGUUUCCCUGAGCACCAUCUGUGUGCUCUCCACACUGCUGUAGCCUCUCAGGGGUCACAGUGAAUAUACCAAAGCCUGCUUCCUAGGUGGCUGCCCGUGUCUGUGUUGAUAAGCAAAUAGUUGUUCCCAAGGAGAUGAAAUAGGGUGGUGGGAGACAGUGGCACCUGGGGAUACGACUGGGCCACGUAACUUGUCCCGUGCUGUAAUCCAGUGCAGGGGCCUGCCUGGGUGGCCCUAAAUUGGCCACCCUCUGGGCUGGGCGUGGCAGUGUCUAAGGCAAGACUUGGAAUGUGAAUGGCGUUAGGGCAGGUGGGAAACGAGGUCCGAAAGUCACAGCAGAUGUGGCUCCAGAUGUGGGACUGCACAGUGCAGGCUGAGCUGGAGGGCCCCUGCCAGCACCCCAGAAGAGAACCAGCUUCUCCUGGGGCAGCAGGCAGCCUGGGGGUGCUUCUGUGGGAAAACAGUGAAGUGGGGAACCGAUUGUGGAGGUUGAGAUGACUCAGGAGGCCUGGGUGGAGGUGAGGGUAGCAGCCCCUAGGGAGGAAAAACUGGCACCAGAGAGGUGGCCUAGAGUGACUGAAGAGAGGAACCUGCUGGGAGGCUGAGGCAGGAUUGCCAGGUUCCAGCUGAGGGGACUCAGACCCUGUAUCACAAAGGGUGGUGCAUGUGUGAGCCCCGUCUGGGGACACUGACCACUGGGGUACCGAGGGCUUGGCUAUGGCAGAGUCUGGGAAGGGUCAGUGGCCUGGCAUGAGAGGUCUUGCAAGGAUUUGGGCUGGAAUUGGCAGACCUGAAAUAGGAAGAGGGGCUCCGCUGAGCCGCUCGAGGACCACACCUUUCGCAUGCUCCUUGGGUGGUGUAAUGUGCAGCCAAGCCAGCACGGAGAGCCCUUCUGCCGGCCGACCCUCUCCACCUUGCAGUGGCAACCAGCGACUGGCCAGGCCCCCGCCACCGGACCAAGUGGACACUGCCCAGAGUCCAGAGCUGAAGCCUUGAAGAGUGUCAUCGCCGCCGGCCAGGCGCGGCCCACCCCUGCGCGCGCAGCCCCGCGGAGCCAUUACACCACCCCGGGACAUGCAAAAGGUUCCCCAGCGCCGCCACCACCGCCGCCGUGGGAGCUGGGCCAGAGGGAGACGCGCCUCCCUCCCCUCUCUUGUCUUCCCCGCAUAGCUGACGUCUGCCCGCUCAUGCUGCUACCCUCCGGAGGGCUGGAGGUACGUCCAGGAGCGCGAUGCCAUCCUCGGGCCCUUCGGUGAGCUCAUGACCGAGGCCGACAUCCUCUGCAUCGAGCAGCAGAUAGAGAACCUGCAGGUGCUACACAAGGCGCAGAAGCUGGAGGCGCGCCUGGAGCAGCUGGAGCUGGAGCUGGAGCAGCUGCUGCCCAUCUCCGCCGCGCUCUCGGCACCGCGCUUCACCGUUGACCCGCGUCGCAUGCAGGGCCGCGCUGCCAGCCUGCCCGCCUGGUGCAGUAAGAUCUCCACGCUGCUCAAGAGCAUGGCCUCGCUGCUGGCAGCGUUGGGUGGCCGGCCCGCGCACCUGGCCGAGCUGCUGGCCGCCGACACGGGCCAGCCGCUGGCACCCCUGCCCGACGCGCCCUGCAGGCCCGGGCCCCUCUGCCUGGGCCGCUCACACUCGCUGAGCUGGUGCCGCGAGGCCGUGGCACGCGAGAUCCUCGAGUGCGGCGUCUCAGUGCGGCGCCUCUGCGCCACCUACGAGCUACGCGCCCAGAGCGCAGCUCCCGCACGCACCCCGCGUGGUAAGGCCCAAUCGCUAGCCAGCGGCCUGGACCGUGAGCCCGUCCUUGAAGAGGACUACGUGGUGGCCAGCUCCAGCGAGUCCAAUGCCGCCGUCGCCAAUGGCUUGCUGGCCGCCGAGGAGCACCUGGGGGCCCAGGACGCACCCAGAGAGUCGAGGGACAACCAGGAGACAUUGCCUGAGUCUGAGCAGCUGGUGUGCAGGCCACCGCCGUCCACCGAGCUGCCUGGCAUUCAGGACUACAUCGACAUGCGCAAGGAGCGCAUCGUCUACCUCUUUCUGGAGCACUGGCGCAAGUGGACCUUCCGCGGCAGCUCAGGUCGCCACGCCCAGGCACGCCUGCGUAGAUUGCUGCCCCGCGUGGUGGCUGCUGGCGCGGACCCCAACCCCGAGGUUGUUGACUUUGCUCCUCAGCAGCCAGCGGGCAACACUGAGGCUUGCAAGCCCGACCAGCGGCUGCUGCACCUGCUGAAGCAGCGGCAGGUGGUGGGCAAGCUGCUGGGCCACUGGCGGAGCCUGCUUCGGCAGGUGCCCGCACGCCAAUCCCAUGGCCUGCGCCUGGCGCACGGCCUGUACUGGCCCGAACACUUCCUGCCGCCCCUGGGCAGUGGAGAGCCCCGGCACUACGACAGCCUCACACUUGACCUCUUCAUGCUUGGCUACUUCCAGCUGCUCGAGAUGGGUCUCAGCCGGGAGGAGCGCAAAUUCCGCCACCUGCUGUGCUAUGAGAUGUUUGACCGGCUGGGCAGCCACCCGUGGGAGCGCAUCCGCCUCUUCCACCGCGUGGUGAUGGAGGAGGUGGAGGCUGGACGGCGAGGCUGGAGUGACGGCUUCGAGGAUCUCAGGCGCCAGUUCUUCGGAGACAGCCCGGAGGCUGAGCCGGCCCAGGAAGAGGCGAAGAAGGAUGAAGAGCACGAGGAAGAUGAAGUGGAGGAGAAAGAAGAGGCGAUGCAAGGGGAGGAGAAGGAAAGGGAGGAGGAGGAGGGGCCCGGGGAAGAGGCUGUGCCGGCGCACCUGGAGGACCCGCACAAGGGGGAGCCUGAGCACCCUGGCCCUGCGCCACAGCCUCCGCCUGCCGCACCGCCCCCCGCCUCGAUCUCAGGGCCGCCUCCUUCCGAAGCCCCUGCGGAGGACCCCUUGGAGUUGGUGUCCGAGAUGGGCGAGUUCAGCAACGAAGACAUCUGCCGCUACAUCGACCGCAGCUUCUCCUUCUGGAAGGAGAAGGAGGCAGAGUUGUUUGACAUCUGAGUGAGUCCAAAGUUGCACCUCGAGCAUCUUGGCUCCUGCGCUGGUCUGAAGCCCACCAGAGGCCGGAAGUGGCAGAAAGAACCCGCCUUGUGAAAAGCUGUGUGCUCAUGACCAGGCUGCCUGAAGCCUUGAG